AUGCAGGAGACACUCAAUGUUCACCAUCGGUUGAAGACCCAUUUCCAACCGGAAAUUCACUGGUUUCAUAGAUAUCAUGAGUGGUACCAGCAGUUAAGUGAAAAAAGUAAAAGUGACAAGCUUCAAGACAUGAGAUCAACCCUGUCCAAGGAAGUUCUUGCAAGUGACGCUGACUACCAGAACAUAUACACGCGAAUGGCGGACACCUUCCUCCAAGCUAUCCCGCAGAAGGUCAUAGAGAACACGAGCUUGGGCGCAUGCGCAAGGUUCUGCGCAACGGAGGUGGAGUUUGAGUGCCAGUCGUUCGAUAUUGACAACCAGAACAGGGAGUGCCAUUUACAUAACCACACCCACCGAGACCCGACCGUAGGCUUGAAGCAUGCGCUUGGGUUCGACCAUUACAGGACUGCAUACGAGCGUCUUUUCAAUCGCAUUCCAAAUCACGUGAUCACGCUUCAACACAACCGCAACAUCCGGGGACUCAGCGUGGAAGAAUGCGCGCGUCGAUGUGUACUGGAAAUGACAUUUCGGUGUCAAGGCUUUGAUUUUGAGGAGCAACGUCGCAGCUGUUGGCUUACAGAGAAACGCGUAUAUGACGUCAGCGGUCUUAAACGUCGUCCUAACGUUGAUUUCUACGAGAGGAAAUCAAACGGUGCAAUGUCACGCUUCAUUAACUACGGACGUGGCGCCCUGCAAACCCUCGAAGGCUUCCAGACAUACGGCAAGAUCAUGCUGGGAGUUAAUCUCGACGCAUGCGCACAACUGUGUCUCGCUGAAACGUCAUUUCCGUGCGCAAGUUUUGAUUACGUGUUUGUCGAGUCAUCAUGUCAGCUAAGCCAAUACAUAGCUGCGAAUGUGUACGGUAUUCGGACGGAUUUCGAUCCCGGAUACGAAGUCAUGCAUUACGAAUUAAUAGGCGAGUUUUUAAACUACUUCUACCCGACCCCAUACGCGUCCGUACCGGGACGAAACGAUCGAACACUGAGAAAGGUGACACCGGAGACGUGCGCGCGAAAAUGUCUAGAGGAAAAGGACUUCGUUUGCAGAUCGUUCGAUUAUCAGAUCACAGAGGGGACUUGUCUUCUGAGUCACGUUACCGGAAGUGACGCGGGCGGCCUCUAUACACCGGAUGGAGUCGCCGUGCACCAUUUUGAAAUGAAGCCCUCGCUCGAUUGCGGCGGCCUGUUGGGUGGGGACUGGGGAACCCUCGCCUCGCCGAACUGGCCACGCCCGUAUCCCCAUCACGUGAACUGCACGUGGACUAUAGCGGUGCAGGAUUUCAAGGUUAUACGCUUAGUUUUUCAUCAUAUUAAUCUUGGUACACAGUCAGACGAUCUCUGUGACACAGACGGAGACGGGCUGCGUGUAAUAGAAACCAAGAGCGAAGGGACGCAAUCCUUCUGCGUAGAUAAUUACGUGACGGAGUUAGUUACCUUGACAAACGAAGUCCGCAUUAUGUUCACCACAAACGCGCAUGAUGAUGCCCAAGGGUUCCGCAUAUUUUACUACGCAGAAUGGCCGUGUAACAUCACGUACACACGGGAUAACGGCCAACUGGCGUCCCGAAGAUGGCCGGCGCACUACACACCGGAUACCUCGUGCAAAUGGUCCUUGGUUGCGCCACCUGGUGCCCGCGUUUGGCUGAAAUUCACCUCAAUUGAACUAGAAGAUCACAUGGCGUCAAACUGCAGAACUGCGUACGACAAAGUGGACAUUUACGACACUGAUAAUACGACAUCAACGUUAGUACGAACGCUUUGUGGUAAUAAGCAUGUGAAGCAUUCAAUUACGUCGCAAGGAAAUAAUCUGACAUUAGUUUUCACUUCCGAUUCAAGAGUGCAAGCCAAAGGAUUCCAUGCAUCGUAUACGUUCAUAUACGCAACAUCAUCCUCUACAACAGUAAAAACAGCAACAACCCCUAUGCAUGUACAGCCAACUGUACCUCUGUCACAAAGCGCCUCUACCGCAGCAAGCAUUACCAAUGCUACCUUUUAUAGACUCGGAAUAUCAGGUUUAACGAAUGACUCCUUACCUCUUCAUAUGAACAACGACACCAUAUCUACCUCAGAACAGUUAGCAAUGGUUAGCGAAGAACGUGAUCACGACAAAGACGACGUCAUCAAACUGACCGCCAUAUUUACGGAACCAGACUCACAAUAUGAUAUUUCUGAAAACGACACAUUUGAUCUCAUGGGGAAUACAGGUGACGAUAUUGGUCGCGGCUUUAUACCGGAAGUUGUGCCCGACGCUGACAAUAAAGGCCCGGAUGUUCGCGCAGUCAUCCUUGGAGUGAUUGCCGCCCUGGUUUCCAUGCUUAUUGUAAUACUACUUACGUUGGUACUCGUCUGUAGGCACUACAGAUCACGACAACCGAAGCAUCGUCUAGGGUCAAACCUGCAGAAUCUUGAAGAAAAUAUGUCUCUUUGUCCAGACAGACAUGAAGACACAAUGAGGUUCAAGGACGAGGACGACAUUGAUGACGCCGCACGUUUGCCGUUGCCAUGUGACCCGGAUCCUGUGCCAGAUGUGGAAUUCCUCAACCCUAUGUACUCCCACCCAACAAGGGUCGCCACUCCAGAAUCGGACGGACAAACGCAAGUCAAAGCAACAAACCACUCGCACUUAGUUGCACACAAUCAAGGCGCAGAUAGUCCUCAGUUUUCACAAUGCCCGCAAAGCGAAUGUAUCAUCGACGGUAAUUCCGCUGUAACAAUUAGUCAUAUAAAUUCGCGAAAAGACAGCGUGGUUGUUUACCGUAAUGGGUUAACUCGGGACCAAAUAAAUGCCGUAGAAAAUGGGAACGGUAUACGCUGCGAUUUAAGUACUCGAAAUUGCGGACGCGAUGAGGGUGUCGUUGUGUGUGAACAUUCUGUAAUUACUACUGCAGAUCUAAAUACAGCAGGUAUUCCGGGUAACAAUGAUGGAAAUUCCUCAAUGUUGUCCGAAGAAUGGGUCCUUAACAAGAAUGGACAACAUAGUUCAAGACAGCUGGCAUUCAUUGACUGCUUUACGACAGUGUAACCAUUGUGCACAUUGAUGAAAAAAAUGGGUAAUAUUAAGUUUACUCAUUAUUAUUUUAUGUGCGCUUUAUAAAUUAUAUUAACCGUUGUUUGAAUGAUACGACUAAAUAAAAUGUACAUUACUUGU